AUGGCAGGCGGAAGUGGACGCGUCAAUGGUUGGUGGCUGUCAUCGCCCGGGUUCGCUGACGGAACUCUGCUCUAUUCGUCUGAUGAUCGAGAUGAACCCAUCCAUCCAGGGAAACCUUUCAGCAAGACGGAAAUUUCCAGCCCGAAGUGGGAUCCGUCAGGCAAGCCCAAUCUACACUACAUGGGGCCCGAUUCACCGAGGCUAGGAGCUAAGGCAUCUCCAUGGACAUUCUACUCCACGGUCUCCGCGACUCCGCAUCCCCCCUGUCCUCUCCAGCUUUUGGUCAAGGUUCCGUACUUACGCAGUAAUAUCUCUCCAUCUACCUCACACCUCACUAAGCACACCAAGGUAACUGAGGGCAAUGAACAGUACCAACACCUACUGCUUGUUAGGGAGUUCUCUCGAGCCUUGGUCGUCAGAUCACCCAGCCAGCUCAGCGCAUUUGUUCUGCCAGACUAUUCACAAACGAAUGGGCAAGUUCCCUUCUUCUCCCCCGCCUACAUCCUCUAUUCUCAUAAGAAGCGUAGAAAACUGAAGCGACUUACUGCCUUCCUUGCCUCAACCUUCCCUCCCGUACCGGGCAUACUAACCCCCAGCCGUGGAAGGUACAUCUUACGGAAAAGGCUCCUGCCUUCCAUGAAUAUAAUUGGGUUGUCUGCGGCUUUUGUCGCCCGCGUGCUUGCCUGCCUGGAGAAAGAGCCCAGCCUGCCUUACGGUCCAUCCCUUUCAUUACCUUACCUUACUUCACCUAGUUUACGGCCAUUCCCUGACCAUGCGCCGUUGUUGCUAAAUACUCCCGAUCUGCAUCCUGCUUUCCUAGCAAACUCGAGGCUUCCAUCUCAUUGCUUUCUGUUCAUCCAGCCCGGUCCGCCUUUCACUCAGCUCGCGCCAUCGAAAUACCCAUUCGGCUACCUCUCAAGGUCGAGCCUGCAUAAAUUCUUCGUCCCGCUUGCAGAACCCUACCCAACCUCCGUUGCUGGGGAUCUUCCAAAAGGAAAAAAAAAGACGCCCAACGUCGACGACCAUUCUCCCCUCUCCGAGCACCGUCCUGCUUCGGCCCGCACGCAGUCAGCCCUCGCAGGUUGCUUGACGGGGAUUGCCAGACAGAUCUGGAGUUGUGCCGCCUGCAACAAUCUGGGUUCUCACGCGCCCUUCAUCCUUCCUCUCACCUUCCCCUUGUCGACAUAUCUUUCUUCAUUGGGGAAUCUAUCUACCAUCUACUCAUCUACCCGCUACCCAUCCACCCGCAAACGCGACCACCUGAGCAAUCUUACCUUGCACACCUUACCUUACCCUGAGGCCGACUAA